AUGGAGCCGAUUGUCGACGCUGAACGGGCCAGGAAUCUGUCGCUCUUUCGCCCUCUGGGCGCAUCUUACUACACCAGUUCCGUCUCGGUCAGACCGGCGCACUACGAACAGCUCGUCAACCGCGGCUGGAGAAGGCUCGACGCGUCGGCGUUUCGCCCGCGAAAAGACCAACGAAAGGCCAUUAACCGCUGGACCAAGUUCGUCCUCGGUCCGGAAUACAUGCGUCGGGCCGCGUAUCUCUGUCCACAGACCCGCGAGUGCGUCUUCCCGUCGUCCAUCGUCCAUGGACGCUCCGAACUGACCCCUGACAGGGAAAAGAAACGCCGCAAGUGCCACUUUGACCUGCUCUCCGCGGUUCACGAGGCCGAAUACUCCCGCGUCAAGCGGCCCAUCGACCCCAAAACUAAAAAGUAUUUGGAGCCGGCCCAUCGCUUCGAGGUCAACCUCGAAGGCGACUCCAUCUCUGAAGCCAAGUUCGAGCUCUUCCGCAAGUACCAGACCACCGUCCACAAGGAGGACGUCUCCAAGUGGCAGAGCAAGGACUUCAAGCGCUUCCUGUGCUCCGGGCUGAAACGCUCCCCCGUGGACCCCAAGUCGGACGAGAAGAAACUCGGCUCCUGGCACCAGUGCUACCGGCUGGAUGGGAAGCUGAUCGCCGUUGCGGUGCUCGAUCUGAUGCCCAGCGGUGUGAGCUCGGUCUACAUCUUGUAA